AUGCAGAGCAUCUUCUAUCCUGAUGAUAGAAUUAUUGAAAGAUAUGACAUUAAAGGCUGCAUGGUGGGCCGCUGGACUAACCUUCCACCUGAGGACCACCACCACAUUAUAGUAGUACUAAAGGAUCUCAACUUUGAGGGCCAGACCAUCUCCUUGGACUCCCAGAAGAACUGGUUCCUCAGGCAAGUGGAGCUGGACACAAACUUUCUGAAGACCCUCAAUGUCCUGGACUACAGUCUCCUGUUGGCUUUUCAGAAGCUCCACUUAGAUGAGAAGCACUCAAGCAAGAAUUUACUAAAUCGUGUAGCCAGAAAAACCACUCUCAACCUUAACCCAUCUCUCCACAACCUCCGUCUUCUGCUAGAUGUCCCCAAUGACUUACACAUCUUGGAUGGGCCAGACUAUCGUUAUUUUGUAGGGAUCAUAGAUUUCUUCACUGUCUACGGUUUCAGCAAAAAAGUAGAGUACCUGUGGAAAUCCCUUGUUUACCCUGACCGUACCUUCUCCACUGUCAACCCUGUAGAAUAUGCCCAACGACUUUGCAGAUGGGUGAAUUUGCACACUCAUUGACUGAGUUUCCUCAAAAAAAUUCCUACUCUGGGUUGCUCCCUUCCACCAUGAGGGGGCAGCCUUGGCAAAAAAAAAAAAAAAAUCCGAAGCCUUCAUGGUAGGCUGUGCACUUGGGAUGAUGUUUUGAUUGCAUUUCCUAGCAUCCCCCGGAUGCUGGGGAGAUGAAGUUGGGGUCAGGAAGAGCACUGGACUGAACAUUAGGAUACCAGCAUUCUAGUCCUGGCUCUACCUCUAAUUACUAUGCUUUCUUCAUCUUAGCCUCGGUUUCUUCCUCUGUAAAAUGAGGGUGUUGGAUUUAAUAGACUCAAAGGCCAUUCUAGCUUUGUGAUUUUGUGGUCUGGAAAAAAGAGAAACCAGGGGCUUA